UGUUUGAUUCGUAAUUCUUUGAUGUGUUUAUUCCGUGUGUUUAUUGAAUAAAAAGUAUAAUAACAUAUUUUAAAAAUGAAGGUCGACGUUGCAGCACCUUCGGAUAAGGCGAAAAUACCAUUGCCGACACUUUCUCAGAUAAAUGCUGAUAGAAUUACACUCCUUGCUAACCAGUACUGGGCACCGCAAACUAAGGAAAACCACUUGCCUUAUGAUGCUGCUAUUGUUGAAUCAAUUUAUCAAGCAGAAAUACUUGGAUCCAAUUUCUCAGUUCGUCGUAUCAUGAUGCUUGAGUUUUCACAGUAUCUGGAAAACUAUUUGUGGCCACACUAUGAAACUGGUCAGGCGUCACAUUCGCACAUGAUGUCUAUUAUUGUAAUGAUCAACGAGAAGUUCAGAGAAAGAGUACCAGCUUGGCAGGCGCUACUCAAGAAACCAGAUCACUUCCCGGGCUUCUUCGAGCAAGUACUCCGAGCGAGUGUCGCGGAGGACCACACAAGCAACAACAUGAGGGAACAAACAUCAUUGUUGCUGUUCCUCAACCACUGCUUUGGGAGUAUGGAGGUGCAACUGUGCAGGGAUCAAGUGAAGCGACUUGUGUCGUUGAGCAUGUGGAUUAGUUUGCAAGAAGGUCGACGAAAUCAAGAAUUCAAAGUCGUGCCUAAGUGGCGUAAAUACUGGCGCGCAAUACAAAAGAAAGAUAAGCCAGAGUUAGUAGAUAAGUUGAACUGGGAAAGGAGGUACUUGCAGCGACUGAUGAUCAAGUUCAUGAGGAUACUGGAGAGCAUUCCGGAGACUGGUGAUAUCAGUGAUGAUAAAGUCAGAUACUGUGAGCGGUUUCUCGAGCUGAUGAUUGAUCUGGAAGCCCUUUUGCCGACAAGGCGGUUUUUCAAUACCGUAAUGGAUGACUGUCAUCUCGUGGUGCGCAGUCAGUUAGCGGCUCUUACUAGAAGGCCAGAGGGACAACUGUUCUCACAACUUUUACAAAUGUUGAAGUUCUAUGCGAGGUUUGAAAUAAGCGAUGAAACUGGGGACCCUAUGACGGACAAGGAUAUGACCCUACAACAUUAUUCAAGGAUUACUUCACUUCAGAAAGCGGCAUUCGCGAAGUUUCCUGAUCUAAGAUUAUUCGCGCUGGCCAAUGUUGCCAGCGUUGACACUAGAGAAUCGUUACAGAAACAUUUUGGGAAUUUAAGUGACAAGGCACUGCGAGCAAUCGCUACAUAUUUGAACUUAGUACCGCCUGAAGGCAAGGAGGACGAAGCACCCUGGCAUCGAAUGGACAAACUGUUCCUUAAAGAAUUAUUGAUAUCUCGUCACGAGCGGCGUAUAUCCCAACUGGAAGAGCUCAAUUCCAUGCCCCUAUAUCCCACUGAAGAAAUCAUAUGGGAUGAAAAUGUAGUGCCCACUGAGAUAUACAGUGGGGAGAAUUGUUUAGCCCUACCCAAACUUAACCUGCAGUUUCUGACGCUGCACGACUAUCUGUUGAGGAAUUUCAAUCUGUUUAGAUUGGAGAGUACUUAUGAAAUUCGUCAAGACAUUGAAGAUGCAGUAUAUCGCCUAUCGCCGUGGCGAGCAGAAGACGGCAGCGUAUACUUCGGCGGUUGGGCACGCAUGGCCCAUCCCAUACAAAGCUUUGCCGUGGUGGAAGUGGCCAAACCGAACAUUGGUGAAAAAGCGCCCUCUAGAGUGCGUGCUGACGUCACAGUGACACUUAGUGUAAGGAGAGAGAUCAAACACGAGUGGGAAAAUUUGAGGAAACAUGAUGUUUGCUUCCUGGUCACAGUGCGGCCUAGUCAGAGUAUCGGCACAAAGUAUGACUACAAAAAGAGCAUGGUGGAACAAGCGGGCAUAGUGUACGUGCGUGGUUGCGAAGUGGAGGGAAUGUUAGAUGCUUCAGGGAGGGUCAUAGAAGAGGGGCCAGAACCGAGACCAGAGCUGGAUGGAGAUUCUAGAACAUUCCGCCUGCUUCUAGAUCCUAAUCAGUAUAGAUUGGAUCUGGAUCGAGCUAGCAAGGGUCACCAGGACGUAUACGAAACGUUCAACAUAGUGAUGCGCCGCAAGCCCAAAGAGAACAACUUCAAGGCGGUGCUGGAGACGAUCCGCGAGCUCAUGAACACCGAGUGCGUGGUGCCCGACUGGCUGCACGACAUCGUGCUGGGCUACGGGGACCCGGGGCAGGCGCAUUACACCAGGAUGCCCAAUGAAAUACCAACACUGGACUUUAACGACACGUUCCUGGAUAUGGAACACUUGAGGAACAGCUUCCCGGGACACGAGAUUAAAGUAAAGACUGACAACCCGCAGAAACUCGUCCGACCGUUCAAAGUGACGUUCGAGAAUGUUCUACGGAAACAGGAGUUGGGCGACAAUGCAAUGGAUGAAGAUGAACCGCGGAAGGUCAUCAUUGUGGAACCUCAUGUUCAGCCGAAACGGGGACCAUAUCUUUACAAUGAGCCUAAAAAGAACAACAUUUUAUUUACUCCAACUCAAGUGGAGGCAAUUCGUUCGGGAAUGCAACCGGGACUUACAUUAGUAGUUGGACCUCCGGGAACAGGUAAAACGGAUGUAGCAGUACAGAUAAUAUCGAACCUGUACCACAACUUCCCCUGGCAACGCACUCUGGUGGUGACGCACAGCAACCAAGCGCUCAACCAGCUGUUCGAGAAAGUGGCCGAGUUAGAUGUGGACGAGCGACACUUGUUGCGUCUCGGUCAUGGUGAAGAAGAACUACAGACUGAUAAGGACUUCUCGAGAUAUGGACGAGUGAACUACGUGCUCGCCAAGCGUAUGGAACUACUGGGCCAAGUGGCUCGCCUCCAGAACACGCUGGAAGCGGGCGGUGAGGCGGGCGCCACGUGCGAACUGGCGCACCACUUCCACGUGUACCAUGUGCGACCCAGGUGGCAGGCGUUCUUGAGGACUUGCCGUACUCAGUCGAAAUCAAUCGAAACUAUCAGUAAAGAAUUCCCAUUCCAUGAAUUCUUUGACGAUGCUCCCAAGCCUUUAUUCCCUGGAAAAUCCUAUGAAGAGGACAUGGAAAUCGCUGAAAGUUGCUACAGGUACAUAGACCACAUAUUUGAAGAGCUAGAGGAGUUCAGAGCAUUCGAACUAUUACGCUCUGGUCUGGACAGAUCCAAGUACUUACUGGUAAAGGAAGCUAAAAUCAUCGCCAUGACGUGCACACACGCUGCCUUGAAACGAUCUGAACUUGUGCAAAUGGGAUUCAAAUACGACAAUAUCCUCAUGGAGGAGUCAGCUCAAAUUCUGGAGAUCGAGACCUUCAUACCGCUGCUGCUGCAGAACCCCCAGGACGGUAGAUCUCGACUGAAACGCUGGAUAAUGAUCGGUGACCAUCACCAGCUACCUCCGGUGGUGAAGAAUAUGGCCUUCCAGAAGUAUUGUAAUAUGGAACAGAGCCUGUUUACCAGGAUGGUUAGGCUCGGAGUUCCAUAUGUGGAGUUGGACGCACAGGGACGUGCGAGGCCUUCUAUAUGCAACCUAUACCGCUGGCGGUACCGCGCGCUCGGCGACCUGUCGCACGUGUGCAACCUGCCCGAGUACCGCGCGGCCAACGCGGGCCUGCGGUACGACUUCCAGCUCGUCAACGUGGAGGACUUCAACGGUGCGGGCGAGACUGAACCCAGCCCGUAUUUCUAUCAGAAUUUAGCAGAAGCUGAAUAUGUAGUUGCAGUAUUUAUGUACAUGAGGCUUAUUGGAUGGCCGGCGGAGAAAAUCUCUAUUCUCACAACCUACAAUGGACAGAAACAUCUUAUAAGAGACGUAAUUGAAAAACGGUGUGCGGAUAAUCCACUCAUUGGAAGACCUCAUAAGGUGACAACCGUAGACAAGUACCAAGGACAACAAAACGACAUCGCUCUCAUAUCCCUAGUGCGCACAAAAGCAGUGGGCCACGUGCGCGACUUGAGACGUCUGAUCGUGGCGGCGUCUCGCGCACGACUGGGAAUGUACAUCUUCGCAAGGGCCAAUCUGUUCAAGAACUGCUUUGAAUUACAACCUACCUUCAAUCAGCUAGUGGAGCGGCCGCUAGAACUAGAGCUGGUGCCGGGCGAGCGGUACCCGGCGCAGCGACGGACCGGCGCCACGGUGCCCGACGAGCUGGCUCUGCGCGUGCGCGACAUGCCGCACAUGGCGCGCUACGUGUACGACCUGUACCUUACCGUCGUAAGGGACGCCGCGCCGAGCCAAGCAGAAUGGAGUGCCCCGGGCAGCGCCUGUGCGGCGGCCGCGCACGGGGCGGAGCGCCACGUGCCCGCGCACCCGGGGGGCGGGGACUCGGACGACGAGACAUUCACACCCACGGAAAUCGUUAAUGAAGUUGAUGAAGCCUAGAUUUAAUUGUCAUCUAGUUAUACGUGUAUUGAUUUUGAUAAUAAAAUAAAAAUAAAAUAUUAAUAAACA